AAAAUUAUUCGAAAUUAGAGAAAUUGAUACCUCGUGUUCGUCAAUGGAUGAAGCCAGACGGAAACAUUUUUCACGGUUUGGGUAAACGGUGCGCGGCGUGCAAGCGCCGAGAGCCACCCCUGUUCGGGGGUGGCGGAACUACAGGGUGGCCAAGAGCCACAGUUGGUUGCGGGCUGUCGUCCUGAGCACAUUACGCGUCUUCGACCUCCGCCACGCGACCUCGUGCAUCAUCCCCCGCGCGUUGCGAUUGCGUGAUCAAACAGUCGCCAAACCCUCGAGGAACCAUUUGUCGAGCCUCCCCCUCCCCCCUCCCCCUCUGUUGUGCUUCCGUAUUCGAGUGAGUGCGUGGGACACGUGUGUACGUGCGUGUACGUACGCGCGCGUGAUUGCACGUACGUGAAAAUCGACCUCUCGAGUUCUUUCCUCUCUCUUCCUUCCUUCCUUCCCUUUUCUCUUCCGGUCUUCAACUUUUUCAACUCGGCAACACAAGGGGGAGGAAAAUUAAUCUCGAUUACUAAACACGAUCGUCUCGUUUGCACUGGAUUUUUAAGUGGGAUCUACGGCGUGCGUUUUCUGAAAGAAAAAGAAACUGAUCGAAGGAUCUUUCACGAAUUAGUUUCCCCUCCCCAGAAUCGAAAGGAAAGAAAUACCCGAAAUCCUCACCUGAUCGAACUCGAUUUCUGGAUUCAUCGCCAAGGAUUUUUUUUUACUUUGAUCGGUGCCUUUGGAAAGAAAGAGAGGGCGGGGAAAGAAAAGGAAGAGAGGGAAAAUUGAAUCGCCGCGUUUAGAAAGCUCGAGAUUGCGACGAAAUAAUAGGUUGUCCUCGUAUUUUUUAAAUGUCAGAGGACAGACAAAAGCUCGCUCCCCCGGCGGGAACUUUCGAUUAAAAUUUUAUCGGUCGGGGGGCGGGAUUCCGUGAAAUGUAAUCCGGUCGUUAAACAGUGGAGGGGAGGGAAGAGUGAUCGAGCGAAGUGGGAUCGUUGCUCGCCUUAUUGGAUCGCUCUGUGUAACCCGUAACAUCCGGUGUUUUAUUCCGAAUGAAUCCGAAUGAAAUUCUUUUCCGUUCGGGAAACUGAGUCUGAGAGAGAGAGAAAAAGAGACAGAGAGAAAAAAGAAAAGGAAGGAACCGUAUCCUGAAACAAUCUCUCGUCACAGAGAUUGAAGGAAAUAAGGGGGAAAAUAAGGAGAGGAGGGGGAUCGUCGAAGGUUUGGAGUGAGAAGAAUGGAAGGAAUAUCGCGUUCGAAAGAUUCACUGGAAGGUUGAAUUCUUUUCUCUUCUUGGAAAGAUCAAAGGCAUCCGGUUAUUACGUGGACAUUUGACUGAACACGCGUGGUUCCUCCUCGACUUCUGUCUGUUGGAGACGGGACGAAGGAUGCUGAUAUUCAGGGAAGAAUAUCGAGGAAAAGGGAUACUUUUUUCCAUCAUUUUCGAAGCCUUCGAAAAAUUGUUAAAUUUUUCUAAUCCCUCGUUGUCAUCCAAAUUUUCCUCGACACGCGUGUCAAGUACGUAUCGUUAUACGAAACGACAAAGCUUGGAUCACGAAAGCAAUUAGCAAAGGAGAGAGAUUCCUAAAUUCCUCUUUUCGUAAUUUUUGUCAACACGUAAAAUUGAGCCAAUUAAAAAUUCGACGAUCAAAUUUCUUUUCUCUCCUUCGAAUUUUCCUCACAAACUUUAAAGCUUCCUCCAGUUAUACGAUAUGACGACAACGAUUAAAAAAAAUAAUAAUAAAAAGUGCAUCGUUUCGAGUGAUUAGAGAAAGAUAUUUCGAACGAGCGUGAUCGCUCGCGAGUGUUUGGAAGAGAACAUAUAAGGGAGAGGAAAGCCAGCCGUUGUCCACCAUUCGUGGUACGAAUGCUGGCUGUCCAAUGCCGCGUGCUCGUGUCGCGGCGAUCGACGAAAGGAUCCAAGACUCGUCGAGAAUGCCAAUCUCGUCGACGUGGCUGGCGUGGAAAAGCAAGAGGUGUAAUCCCUUUAAAAGAGUCUCGAGGUGAGCCACGACGUUGAGCCUGAUGUCGAACUGGAGAAAGACGUCGAAAAGGAGAAAAGAUCGUGCCCCCUCUUGACUUUCUGAAGGAGGAAUCCGAUUUUUUUUUCAUAAAACCACCACAGAAAAUUGUUAUUGUUGUUGACGAUACUUUUAUCGACGCUUUUAUCAUCAAUUUGAUUCGAAGCUGAAAGAUCUUCGAAUUCGAAUUCUGCAACGGAACACUUUUGAACGUGCGAAUAAUAAUUGUUCUGUGAUAAUUUUCUGUGAAACUUAAGUAUGAAAGAAUAUUUUGAACUCUCAACGCUUCUCUUGUUUUGGAUAAUUACAAAUUUUUGAAUUAUUCGUUUGUAAAUUUUGCAUUACAAGAUGUCGUAGAUGUUGAAAAAUUCUUCGAACUCUGGAGCUUUUUUAUUCAGCUUUGUGUUACAAGAUUGUGGAAUUCUUCGAUGCAGGAAUUUCUUAUAUCGAAUUUAUAAAUAAUUAUUGAAGUUGAAGAUUGUGGAUGUUGAAGAGAAUUCGCCAAAUUCUGGAUUGGUCAAAAUUUUGGAAUGCAUCAUCGAAGCAGAAGAACAGACUUGCGUGCAAAAGAAAUCUGAUUUCGAGAAGAGAAAGGAGGGAAAAGAAAUAGCGCAGAAUCGUUUCAUACACACUGGAAAGAAAGAGAUCGUUCAUAAUUUAUUACAGUUUCUGUUCUGAGAUUGCAAUCUGAAUUACAAGCAGAAAUCAUAUUUUGUGAAGAUUGAUCUUCCAGUUUUUUUAAUCGUGGAUAGAUUUGCAAGAAAAUUGGAGAUUAACACGAUCGGAUGUGUAAGUUGUGAAAGGAAAGUUGGAGAUUUAAUUUUCUUUUUCAUUUUUUUUUCAAGAAUUUGAAUUUUUGGAAUCGUUAAAAACACUUUUUCAUGAAUCCCUUUAUGGAAAAGGUUAGAAUUAAUGAACUCGUGAAUGUGAUAACUAGUAAAUUUGAAUUUACGAAAGUAUGGUCAACGAGAAUUUCACGGAAGAUCGUCGAAAAAUACAAUCCUCAAUGCUCGUGGACAGUGAGAGUGUCCCAAAGACUCGUUUGUGAUACGAUAUUAAAUUUGAACUUGGCUGUUAAAAAAAAGAAGAAAUUAGAAGUACAUCAGAGACAGAAUGCCACCAGUGUUUAAAUAGCGCGUCCGAAUUCAAGAACAAUAAAUAUAUUUUAGAAAGUUGUGAAUUGUGGACAAGUUCGAAAGAAAGUGAAAUAGUAUCGUCAAACAAUUUUUCAAUUUCGCCAAGAAUUCCUAAAAACCCAUCACUAUAGAGAAAGAACAUUUUCAAUAUCCAAAUAUCGUUUACAUUUCAUAAACCAAGUGUCUUAUCCGAGAAACAUGAUCCUUCCUCGAAUUAAUAAACCAUAAAAAAAACCUGAAAUCCUAACCUAUCCCUUAAAUAACUUCAUUAAAAAUUUCAUUAAAAAGAAAGGAAACAAUAUCUAAUAUAAACGAUAUCUUCAAUAUAUCUAAUUAAAAUUUUCUUUUCAUCUUCGAAAAGAGGUAUUAACGACUUUUUAAAAUCCUUGUCUUAAAAUAUAAAAAUCGUGUGAUCGAAAAGGAAAGGAAAGAGGGAGAGAAAGAGAAGAAACAGUGAUCCUGAGACCAUGAACAGAAGAGAAAAUCUUCCGACGGUGGUGGGUCAGGUGAAUGGAAGUUGGAGUCGCAAGAGAGCCUCGGGAUGCUGCACGCUGUUAUGCUAGGUAGCGGUCCGGGUCGAGGGAGACACGAAUGGUAUCCGGGAUUUUAUCUGCAACGUCGACGACUUGGAUGCAGGAUGAACCGUGGGGAGCAGGAAACAUUAUUCAGGCAGAGCAGGCAGCUCACGAGGAUCGUGCCGUCUCACGAGGACCUGGUGCUGAGCGUGCUUAAGUCGCCGAUCAGUCAGCACCAGCAACAGCAACGCCAGCAGUAUCAUUCCACGCACCAUUCUCACGAGCACCAUGUCAACUGCCAAGGUCAUCAAAAUCAUAAGAAGUGCACGCAUUCAGGUGAGAGCAACGAGAGUCUUCCACGAAGCAAGGACCAAUGCUCGAGGCUGACGGAGAAGCGUUCGAGCGCCGCCGCUGCAUACGCGGCCCUCCAGGCGAGCGAGGAUGAGCUGAUCGCGGAGCACUGCCUCGAGUCCGAGGACGCGGCGCUGAAAACGCCUGGAAGCGAGACGGAGGACACGGAGGACAACGGGGCGCAGAUGGAGGAGGCUGCCUCCUCGCCUGGCCGCCGUUUCACCUUCCUCAGGCGGUUCCGAUCGCCCAGAUUCGGCGAGGCGCACCACAAAAGGGUGCCCACGCCGAUGAAAAGGAAGUACAGGCGGAAGAAGAGCAAGGACGACAUCAUAAACAACGAUAUGAACGCGGCGGAGGUGGAGCCGCCGAGUUUGAACCAAGCAGGUGUCCCAGACCCUUAUUAUCCGAUCUAUCUGCCGAUCGACCAGGCCUUCAAGGCCAAGUACGUGUUCCACCACAAGAAGGGGAAGACGUUUCAGGAGAGGUUGUACGUGUUCCUGGAACACCCCGGCGGAUGGAUCUGCUUCAUCUAUCAUUUCACCGUGUUCAUGGUGGUAUUGGUGUGCCUCAUAUUUAGCGUUUUGUCGACCAUAGAGCAAUACAGUAAUUUCGCAAACGAGACCCUCUUUUGGAUGGAAAUAUGCCUGGUGGUAUUCUUCGGUGUGGAAUACUUGGUGAGAUUAUGGAGCGCGGGUUGCAGAUCGAAGUAUAUGGGCUGUUGCGGCAGGCUCCGCUUCAUACGGAAACCGAUUUGUAUCAUAGAUUUAAUCGUGGUGGUCGCCUCGAUGGUGGUGCUGUCUGUAGGAAGCAACGGUCAAGUGUUUGCCACUUCUGCAAUAAGAGGCAUAAGAUUUUUGCAAAUAUUACGAAUGCUUCAUGUCGAUCGACAAGGUGGCACGUGGCGACUUCUCGGCUCUGUUGUUUUCAUCCAUCGUCAGGAGCUGAUUACGACAUUGUACAUCGGGUUCCUAGGUCUCAUUUUCAGCAGCUACUUUGUGUAUCUUGCCGAAAAAGAUGUAAUAGGUCCCGAUGGAAAAACAGAUUUUUCCAGCUAUGCCGAUGCACUUUGGUGGGGCGUGAUUACCGUAACCACAAUCGGAUACGGUGAUACCGUCCCACAAACGUGGAUGGGAAAAAUAGUCGCCUCGUGUUUCAGCGUAUUCGCUAUAUCCUUUUUCGCACUUCCAGCCGGAAUAUUGGGCUCCGGUUUCGCGUUGAAGGUGCAGCAAAAGCAACGGCAGAAACACUUCAAUAGACAGAUACCUGCCGCGGCAAUGUUGAUACAGUGCCUGUGGAGGUGUUACGCCGCUGACAAAGCCAUCAACAGCGUUGCCACGUGGAACAUUUACAUCAAGGAUCCGGCACCGACCGGGCAACCCUCCACGCCAUUGGGAAAGUUGAUUUGUGUAAAGAAGAUGUCUCUGAUGAUCCAGGUGGCAAAGAAGGCGAGCGUGCUGAAGAGGCGUAAAUCGAGGAAUCGGAUGGACGUGCAACAGCAGCAGCAACAGUCGUUGCCGCCGGUCACGAUAUCCGGUGGCAUGUCGAGCGGUGGCGCCACCGGUGAUCAGAACGACAAUCAAAGGAUGGAGAACGAGGGAGACGUUAUCUUCUACAUGGAGGAACCGAAAGCUGGCACGCCUAAUCGCGCUAGACGCGACAAUCGCGUAUUUCCGGUUGGCAGGGGAAGCCUCUUCACCUCGCAGACGAGCUCCGUCACGGAGGCUACCAGCGACGAAAUCGACAUUGAUAUCGAGGAACCUCAGAGGGUUACCACGCUGACGGAGGCGCAUCGAAACGCAAUAAGGGCGAUCAGAAAGAUCAAGUAUUUCGUGGCCAGAAGGAAGUUUCAGCAGGCGCGGAAACCGUACGAUGUACGUGAUGUGAUCGAGCAGUACAGCCAAGGCCACUUGAACAUGAUGGUUCGAAUCAAGGAGUUGCAGAGGAGAUUGGACCAGACCCUGGGCAAACCGGGCAGCUACCUAGCAGGAAUCGACCGAGCAGGGAACGUGAAGCCAAUGACUAUAGGCGCACGCUUAUACAGGGUCGAGCAGCAGUUGUCCGUGAUGGACAAGAAAUUGGACCAGCUGGUCUACGUGCUGAACGCGGUGGCACAAAAGCAACAAAUACCCCUGAGGAGUAUAGAGGACGACGUGUAACAGAAAGCCCCCGGCGAACUUGUGCCAUCUAUUUCGCGAUCACCGGCAAUUCCAUGGACUUUGCCUCGUGUUACCAUAACCAACGUCGCGGCGAAUAUGUUAAGCAAAAGCGGUUGAAUCCGCGAUCGGCCUUGUACGAUCGGCCGCAAAUGCAGGGAUCUUUCUUACCUACGCGUACAUAGAUAAAAAUAACAUUCGAAAGAAACUGGAGAUAUUGGACGAUUUUUGUUUUGAUACUCGACGAUUGUUUUAUAUUAGUUAUUUAUGGAUUUCUUAUUGCUAUUUUGAUUGUCGAUUAAAAGAUAUUACAUGAAGUGAAGAUUAAGAAGUGGAUGGUGAGGUUUGAGAGAAUUUUGGGAAGAUUGAUUAAAGAAUUUUGAGAAGAAGAAAAUUUGGAAUAGUUUUGGAAAUGACGAAUGUUGAGAAAUAUACGAAGAAAUGAUGAAUCGAUAAAAGUUUAGAAGAUUUAAAAGAAAUUUGAAAGAAGUAACGAAUUGAGAAAAAUUUGGAAAAGUUUUAAGAGAAGUGAUAAAUUCCAGAGAAUUUUAGAAAAUAUUGGAAAAAAAUUAUAAAUUGCAAAGAAGAAGUUUUGAAAAUGAAUUGAAUGAAGAAUUUAGAAAAAUAUCAACGAAAAAUUCAAUAAAUAAUUUUCAAAUAUAUUGAAAGAAACAACGAAUCACGCAAACGAAAGAAAAUGAUGGAUAAAUCGAAGAUAAAAGUUUAAGAUAAAUUUAACAAAAGUGAAAAUUAUGAAAUAAGUGGAAAAGAAGAGAUGCAGUUAUUGGAUAAGGAUCGAUAAUUAAGAAUUUAUAACGAAUAAAAAAGAAGAAUUAUUUAAAAUUAAAAUUUAGUUGACAUCAAGAACUUAACGAAAGUUAAAAAUUUGAAAACUUAAUUUCUUAAAGAAAUUCUAUAAUUUUAUAAUUUACAUCUAUUCUUAAAUAAUAUGGAAUCUCGUCGAAAAAUCUCGUUGAACUUUAUACGAAAAUAUCCAAAGGAUUACAAGAAACAAAAUCAUCUUUAUUUUUUGCAUAAACCUGGAACCAAUUAAAUAUUCAACUUUUAAAUUAUUCAAAUAUUUAAUUCAAUUAUCAUAAACAAAAAAACAAAUAAGAAAGAUAGUACCUGAACAUUCAAAGCAAAAGAUCUAUAGAUAAUCAGAAAAUCGUCCAACAUACAGAAACUCCUUUACAAUCGCAAAGAGACCAAACUAAAAAAGGAACAAAAAAAAGAAAAAAAAUCAAAAAUAUAAAAAAAAAAGUUUUCUUUGACAUUGUUCGUACCUCGUCGUAAAGAAAAGAAAAGGAAAAAAAAGAAUUAGAAAGUAAAAAAAAGAUUCGUAAAAUCCUCCAGCCCAGAGGGCGCCUAUCUCCGGGAAGAAAUCGACUUAGAUCCUAUAAAGGAAUUUGGCGGGAGCAAAGCUCACUUUAAACGUCGUCGCUUAUAUAUACUUCCUCUACUGAUUUUAAUCAGUGGUCCUCGGAGAAUAGCCUUCAUAAAACCGAUCACGCUAAACGCACAGGAACGAUUGUUCUCUUCGAACAAAAUUGGGAAGCGAAACGUUGGAAGAAUAUAAAGUUGAAUAAUAAAUUGAAAAUAAUAAUAAUAAUAAUAAUAAUAAUAAUAAACGAAAAACAAAGAAAAAUAUAUUCACCGUGUCGAUCGUGAGUUCUCGAUAUAUAACCAGGAGAGAUCGAUGUUUUUGGACUAUUCAAAAGUAAACGCAUCGAAAGAUCGAUCGAUAAAAAGGUGUUUAUAUGGUAGAAUGAUAAUAAAACGGUCGGUAAUAAAAAAUUUGUUCCGAACGAGCAGCUUAGGUACGCGAGAGAAAUGAAUGUAAACGUAUUGGGAACAUCAUUUGGGCCAACUAGGAAUAAUAGAGAGGAACAAUAAGCAAACAUAAAGAAAAACUUCCUAGGCGAGAUAUAUCUCUAUAGGCUAUACAUAAUAUAUUAUAUAUAUAUAUAUAUAUAUACACAUAUGUAUACAUAUAUAUAUAUAUACACAUACAUACAGAUAAAACUUCUAGUCUCUGCUGGUAAUAACGAUCAAUUAUUAAGCCUUAAAAUUAAUCACGAACUUUGAAUAUCUUGUUGCUAAUCUAGUUAGAAAGGAAUCGAAAUACAUAUAUGUAUAAUUGCAUGUACCAAUGGGUACAUGUAUUGUACAGAUACGCGGUAUCGAAUUCUUAUAUAUACAUUGCUAGAAAAUAUUUUUUUUUUUCCUCCCUCCUUCUCUCUCUCUCUCUCUCUCUCUCUCUUUCCUUCUUUCGAUUUUUAGCACAAACGCGCGAUCUUACAUUGAAUAUGCGAGAACGUUAUACAUAUAUAUACGUGCAUAUGAAUGCUUUGAAAAAUAAUAAAAAUGUUGAAAUAAUAUCGUCUCCUCAUACGAUUAUAGCGAACAGAUUUUUUAUUAUAAAAAAAAAAAAAAAAAGAUCGCAUCACCCUAUUCGAUAUGGGUUCGUUCCUUUUGCGAGCUGCAAAUUCUUUUGGGCUUGCAUUUAGCGAUCUUUCAAAUAGUGAAUGAAGCAAUAUUACUUGUGGGUGUACAGGAUAUUCGAGUUUUUAAAUUUUUUUUUAUUAUAUUAAAUUUAUUAUAGAAAGAAUUAUUAAUUAAUGAUUAAAUUAAUUAUAUAAGUAACAGUAUUUGAUUCCGUUCGUAAUAUCGUAUGUCUUUCGGAAGUAUGUUUUGUUUCGUAUUAUAAAGGGGAAUGGGACACGCGAUGUAAAUAGAAUCGUUCGUCGCUUGUAUCGACUGUGAUUCAACGGCGACAUUAUGCUCGAGACCAGAAAGAGUUACGCACUGUCGUACGAGAGUUCAGUAAAAUCAAAUAAUUUUAAUCUAUUUAAAAGUUAAAAUAAUAAAAAAAAAACUAUUAAUAAAAUAUUGAAAAUUCAAAACAACGGUACGUGAAAAGAAAAAUUUUAAUAAUAAUUGGAAAUUAUUUAUUUUCAGAAUGUCGGGAAAAUAUUCGGAGAAUUUUCAUUCGUAUUUUCAUUUCCACAUAUUUUUUUAUUGGUUUAAAUACCUGUCAUUGUAUCACGAACAUCCUGUAUAAACCCAUACCGCUCGUGGACGUAUAUAAAACAUAAAGAAUCUUACAUUCUAGUAUGCCACGAAAUAUGUGAAAGAAACAAUGGCGGUGUAUAUAUACAUAUUUCAAGAGUAAAAUAAUAAUGAUAAAAAUAAAAAAGAAAAAGAGAAACAGAAAAUUGGAUUAUAUUCUGCAUAUAUAUAUAUAUAUAUACAUAUUAAUAUAAAUACAUUUAUAUUUUCUACGUAGGUUAUCGAAUACGUAUCGGCACGUAAAAAACCGUAAUAUUAAUCGACACCGUUAAGAUAUUAUAUGCGUAAAACUCACGUCUAAUUUCUAAGCGAUUUAUGUGUAUGGAUGAGUGUGCGUGAUGUAGUGCAGAAAACAUUUUCCUAUUUCUUAUUUCUCAUCUUUCGUUGACUAUUCGAGUGUAAAAGAUUAUGAUUAAAUAUGAAGAAAAAUAACCAAAUAUAUUUCUCUAUAAGACUUAAUAAUCUGCACAUUUCAAAUUAUUUGAAAUAUUAGUUUUAAUUAGUAAUAAUUAAUAUUUCAAAUCUCUGAAGAUUUGUAAAAUUCACAUACGUGCAAAUGAAUGACUAAUUUUAUUUAUUUAUAUAUAUCUAUCCUUUCCAAAUCUAGAAGCUAUUAAUCUAUAAACGGUCAGUAUUUUAAAAAUCCAUUUUAAUAUAUCGUGCAAACACUAAAUUUCAAAUUACAUUAAAUUGUAAAAAAUGAUUUAAAAGAAGUUUGUUUAAAAGAAAAGGAAUUUUAAUAAUCUCGGAAUAUCAAUUUUCUAAUUCUUUAAAAUAUUUAAUCGAUUGGAAUAACUUUUAUUGAAAGGAAUACAAAAAGAAAUUUUUCGCUCGAAUGGUUUCAACGGGCAUUCUUUAUCUUAUCUUGAAAUCCUAUAUUGUUCGUUUUUACGAGACACACGAAAUUUGAUCUCUCGAAAUUCACGAAAGUGUUUGCAAAGCGUCUCGUUUUAAUCUCGACUACUCACCACACACGUACAUACACUCUGUCUCUCUCUCUCUCUCUCUCUCUCUCUCUCUCUCUCUCUCUCUCUCUCUCGCUCUCUCUCUCUUUCUCUCUUUCAUCUCGAAGAUUUAAUCGAUCUCUGCGCGGGAAGGACCAGUCUCUUGUUAACUAGGAUUACGUUUAUCGUCGAGCGAAAUAUUGCACUGAAAAUAUCUAUCGUCUUAACUUAUAUUGUUAAAGUAUAAUACAAAUUUGUAUAUAAUAUAAUAUAAUAUACAUAUAUAUAUAUAUAAUACAUAUAGCAAAAUAGGAAACAAUUUCUCAAGCGAAGCUGCUUUUAGGAGUAUUUUGAAAUCGAGUGGGCGGAUGGAAGAUCGUGUAAAUGUAUUAAUUCCAUAUCUUUUGAAAUUCUUCGCGCUCUUUUAAUAUAAUACAUUGUAAAUCCUUAAUUCAAUCGUUUUAAUAGAUCGAAACUUUGAAAAUAUUUUAAAAAGAAAAAAAUUUUCGAUAAAUUAUCCUCAAAAACUGUUUGAAAUAAAAUAUCUUUUAAUUAUUUUUUUUUUAUUAUAUUUUGGAAAAAUUUAUUAUAGGAUAAGAGCGCAAAAGAUUCAAAAAAAGUAAGACAAAUUUCAUUCCUUGACGAUAUUCGAAGAGUUUCUUACGAUUAAUUAUAAUUAUUAGUUUAAUUGUAAGAAAUAGAUUUUUUUUAUAAUUAAUUGUUAACAAGACACAGAAAUUCUAGUCAAUCCAUCGAUGUACCAUUAAUAAUUUUUAUUUCCACGAUAUAUCGUAAUUCAACUUGCAAUUUGAUAGAAUUUUUCGUUUCGUGAAAAACGUCGAUAAGAGAACGGGAAAAAGAAGAAGAAGAAAAAUACUCUGUAAAACGUGCUCGAGCAUGAUCGUACGUUAUAAAAAUUCUAUGGUGCCUCUCACUUAACUAAUUCCACUAUAACGCAAUUGAUAACAGAAAAUAGAACAUUAGCCUUAAGAUAGAGUUGUAAAUAAAGUAGAGAAUAUCGUAGGAUUAUUAAUAAAUUAACAAUACAAUAGUAGGCAAUACAUAGGUAACGCUCCAAAGUUGAAGCAAUUUUUCUAUUUCGUAAAACAAAACCCGCUCGACUUUAUUUUCUUUCAUUCGUAUAAAUAAGUAAAACGUUUCUCAUUCGAUAUAAAUAAAUGAAUAAACAACAACGGAAAAUUUAUAGAUGGAUGAAAAGAUAUAAAUAAAAAUUCGAUACCAUAAUUUAAAAAAUAUAGGAUGAAAAAUAUAAUUCUUUUUAUUGAAGAGAAAUUUAUGAUUUUAUACGACAGUGAAAAACAUUGUGAAAAAAGGAUUAUAAAUUGCAUUCCUAUAAAUGUUGGAAAAAUAUAAUAAGAAUUGAUAAAGUGUGCAUACAAUUUUUCUUCCAUUUUGAUAUUUUUUUUUCAUUAACGAUAUGUGUAAAAUUUUUAUGUAAACGAAAUUAAAACAAAAAUUAUCGUAAGCAUUCUAAUAAUCAAGGAUUGAAUUUUAAGUUUCGAAAAUUGAAGGAGAAACGUUUUUUUAAGAAACUGUCUACUUAUCGAGUCAGUUCAAGUUAGAUGAAACGAAGGAAACGUUAAAAGAGUUAUCGAAUAUUGAAAAUGGAGCAUCACUCGAUGAUUAUAUUGCCGACCAUGAGUAGAGACAAUCAAACAAUGUUGAAUACGCGCAUAAACAAUAAAUGUAAAGAUUUCGUUUUAACAAUAGAAUAUAUAUCCUUAAGGUUAUCGAUUCGAAUCUUCGAACACUUUUUAAUUAUGCAAAAAUACUCUGGGAACAUUUAUCGUAAAUUAAUUAAGUAAUAAUCUCGGGACAACAGUGUGAAAGAAUCGUGUCGAGUAACUUUGAAAAUCUUAAACUCGAUAAUUUGGUUGUUUUUUGAAAUUCGAAUUUCUCUGGAUAUUCUUUGAAUCAUCGUUACCACUUCUGGAAAUUUUUCUAAAAUUAUUACUUCUUACUUGUAAUAAUAGAAAAUUUAUCUAUCUAUAAAAUAGAUAUGGAAAAAAGAAUUAAAUAAAUUUUAUCAAUAUAACGAACCGUGUUAUUCUAAUUGGAUUUUGAAAAUUGCAAUUUAAAAGUAUCUUUUGAAAAAAUCUUAAGAAUUUUCUUUCGUUCGUAAAUAUCGUACAAUUUUUUCCAGUCCAGAAUGUGUAAUAGUCUGG